AAAGAGGUCAAAAUGCAGGGCGUGAAGCAAUAUUGGGUAGCUAUAACAACGGAUGGUCUGGAAGGCCAAAUUCAGCUUGAGAAGGUGCAGCAUAUCCUAGAUAUAACCAAGGAGGCACGGGCUCAAGGGCAAUUGCUGCAUGAAACAAUUACGAAAAAUCUAGAAAAACAUAAAUUAGAUGACCUGAACAGUGAUAAUGAGGAGGAAGGAACCAGAACCCCUACCCCACAGAUGCAGCAAGACUUGUCUGGAAACCUGUUUGGAAAAAGGAGUGCUGAUGUCUUGGAUGGCAGCUGCAGUUGGAGGGGUUUGUGCUGGGUGCACCAACGAGUGAUGGGUUCACUGUCUCCUUUUUUCAUGGACAUACCAUCUAACUAUGAACUGGUUAUGGUGCCACCUGCCAGCUGUGUUCUUGCAGAUGGUUUUGACAUUGCCAAGGUCUUCUUUGAAUAUCAACAGCAUGCACUGGGCUUGGCAAGGCAUCACAAGCUGCAGCUGGAGUCCAAUGUGCAGGAGAUCCUUGCACUGUCACACAUGCUGCUUAUCAAACCAGAGCAGCAUACCCCAGAGAUGCUGUGCCACUUUGAAGAAAAACACCUCAACCACAUCCACACGAUUGGGCUGGAGACAGUAGAUUAUCAGUCCCGUCCUCUCUCACAAGACCUUGAAGCCUUGGUGCGAAGUGUUUCCAAGCAGGCUCGAGCAUCAAGGAAAUUUGACCAAGCUCUGCAGACUGAACUCCUGACAAAAAUCAUGGAUAAAGAGCCGGGGUCGACAGAUGCAUUGAUCCUGUAUUUGUGGCUAGAUGUCAUGAGAAAGUUUCCUGCUAAGCCAAUGAACUUGGAACGAGAAUUGGAAGGAGAUCUGGUAACCUCCUACCUGGCUCCUGUGAUCAAUCCCUUUGUCACAUCUGGCAAGCAAACACGUGCAGUUUGGCUCAACACUGCAUCCACCAUUGCACACAAGCAGAAAACAGUAAGACAUGUAUGUCAGCCAGACUUCAAAUUGGCCUAUAUACAUCAAUGCCAGGAAGUAGCUGAAUGUGGCUAUGGGGAGGUGAAACCAGAUCUGAAGGUAGCUGAUACCUUUGCAUGCAACCUGGAUCUCAUACGGAUUGCAAAGUUUGGUAAAGCAUGUCUGGAUGACAUUGUGAAGAAGGGGGUGAAAGGGCCAGUCAUUCCCCUCUUUCAAGUAACAGGGCAGAAGAUGUGUAUGUAUUCCUUCUCCCUGUUUGCAGAUGGCAUCUAUCUGAUGCUGGAGACGGGAUGUGUGUCUCUGCCAAUGGCAGUUAGUGAGCUGCUGCCGUUUGUUGAUGACCUUGAGCAUUUAUUGGGAUUCCGGGAACUCUGCUCCAAUAUUAUCAAUUACCUGUCUGGGAAGAAGGUGGCAAAUGAUGACUAA